AUGGCGGUGGAGAUCCCGAGGCUAGCCCUGGGUGGAGGAGGAGGGGGAGCGGGAGGAGAGCGGCUACCGGCGGCCGGGGAGGAUUCGGCGCCGGCGGCCACCAACGCGGGGAAGCGCCCGGUGGUCGGGCUCGGGUUCGGGUCCUCCUUGGCGGCCAUGGCGGCGGCGGCGGCGGCGGGGAUCCAGCCCGACGCGUUCGCCCUAGGUGGCCCGGCGGAGUACCCCGCCGGCGACGGGGAGCGGGACGUUCUGAUGGUGAGCUUCCUGCGUUCCAUCGCGGCGUUCCUGGCCGACGGGACGUGCCAGAUGCAGGCGCUCGCGCUGCGCUUCAUCCUGCCGUGCGACGGGGUGUGCCGCUCGCUCCACCUCACGCGGGCCCCGCCGCCGCCGGCCGUCUCCGCCGCGCGCCAGGGGUUCCGCGCGAUGUGCCCGUUCGUCCGCCUCGCCGCCGCCGCGGCCAACCUGUCCAUCGCCGAGGUGAUGGAGGCCGAGCGGGCGGUCGUCCACGUCGUCGACCUCGGCGGCGGCGUCGACGCCAACCAGUGGGUGGAGCUCGUCCGCCUCGUCGCCGCGCGCCCCGGCGGCCCGCCGGGCCUGCUCCGCCUGACCGUCGUCAACGAGUCGGAGGACUUCCUCUCCGCCGUCGCCGCGUACGUCGCCGCGGAGGCCCAGCGCCUCGACCUCAGCCUCCAGUUCCAUCCGGUGCUAUCCAGCAUCGAGGAGCUCUCCGCCACCGCCACCGGAUCAAUCGGAUCCCGCCUCGUCGUCAUCCCCGGCCAGCCCCUCGCCGUCGUCGCCAACCUCCAGAUCCACCGCCUCCUCGCCUUCCCCGACUACGUGGACGGCGUCGCGAGCAGGAGGCCGGCGGCGGAGCAAUCCGGAUCCAGCCAGCAUACGAUGACGACGGCGACGAAGACGAAGGCGGACGCGCUCCUCCGCGCCAUCCGCGACCUGAACCCGAAGCUGGUGGUCCUGACGGAGAACGAGGCCGACCACAACGUCGCGGAGCUCGGGGCGCGCGUCUGGAACGCGCUCAACUACUACGCGGCGCUGUUCGACGCCCUGGAGGCGAGCUCCACCCCGCCGGCGGCCGUGCCGCCGCACGAACGCGCGUGCGUCGAGCGGUGGGUGCUCGGCGAGGAGAUCAAGGACAUCGUCGUCCGUGAGGGCACGGGGCGGCGGGAGAGGCACGAGACGCUGGGGCGCUGGGCGGAGCGGAUGGUCGCCGCCGGCUUCUCCCCCGUGACGGCGGCCAGGGCGCUGGCGAGCACGGAGACGCUCGCGCAGCAGAUGGUGGCGGCGGGCGGGGGCGGUGCCGGCGCCGGGGUGCUCAGGGCGGCGCACGGCGGCGGGUGCUUCCCCGUGAUCUGCUGGUGCGACGUGCCCGUCUUCUCGGUCUCGACGUGGACCGCGAGGAGGGUCCUUGUGCCGGCGCCACCGCUGUGGCCACCGGCGGCGGCUGGUGGUGCUGGUCCAUCGGGCUCAGGCUACGGCGGCGACGGCCCAUCGACGGCGAGCUCGUCGGCGGCAAUGUGGUGGGUCGGAUGA